AUGUACGUGAGCUACUUGCUGGACCAGGACAUGAGCGUCUACCCCGGGCCGGUGCGGGCCGCCCCGGGGCUGGGCCUGGCGCCGCCGGGCUUGGCGGGGGGACCCCCGCACUACCCGGACUACGGCGGCUAUCACAGGGCGGCGGCGGGCGCGGCCGUACUGGACGGCGGCGUCCCGGCCCCCGGCCCCUCCUGGCCCGGGCCCUUCGGGGCGGCCCUCCGCGAAGACUGGACGGGCUACGCGGCUUUUGGAGGCCCCGCAGACUAUCCCGCGCCCCCGCCCGCGCCCCCCGCGCUGCUGGCCCCGCUGCCCGCCGCGCCCCCCGCCCAGGACCGGCAGCCCACCCCCGCGGGAGGACCCCCGCCAGGCCUGGGAGACUGGACCAGGAAACCUCCGCAGCCCCCCACGGGCGGCCCCGUUAAAACCCGGACUAAAGACAAAUACAGAGUUGUGUACACGGACCGCCAGCGGCUGGAGCUGGAGAAGGAGUUUCACUUCAGUCGCUAUAUCACUAUCCGCAGAAAGGCCGAACUGGCGGUUCUGCUGGGCCUCUCCGAAAGGCAGGUUAAAAUCUGGUUUCAGAACCGCCGGGCCAAGGAGAGGAAGAUGAACAAGAAGAAGUUACAGCAGCAGCAACAGCAACCACAAGCACAGUCACAGCCGGGUGCCAUGUCCAGCAUCCCAGAGCCCCUGAGCCCAGUGUCCUCCCUGCAAGGCUCGGGGCCUGGACCACUCGGAGUGCUGGGCCCCUCAGUCACCCAGUGACCCCCCCCAAGUCACCGUGGCAGCAACCACAUGCACUGGGGGAGCCCCAGCCGGGAGUAAGGGAGAACCAAAAAGGUUCCCCACCCUCUUUUUCUGGGGAGAGAGACUGAGGACAUGUGAGGUGGGGGAGCAUAGGGAGGCUGACCCCCAGGAGGGCCCGCACCCCAGAGUGACCAGAGAGGGUCCGGAGCUAACCUGUGGCCUUCAGCACAUGGAUCCACCUGCAACACCCCCAUCCUGCAAACACACACACACCUCCUAACCCCCUCUGUCCUAAGCUGGUUCUGCCUCAGCCCUGGUGGGGGCAGGCCCCCCAAUUCAGGACUGUCCCUAUCACCAAGACCUCCCCAUCUCCAGUGCCAACUCAUCUAUGGCUGGAUUGGCAACUGCAGCUAGGCUGGGGGCAACUGGACCGGGUUGGGAGUGCCAGUCCAGGGAAUACUCACGGGGAGGGAAGGGAUGGUGCUUGGUUGGCUGGAGGAGGCCGUGACUCUGACUUCUCAGGGGAAUGACUAUAGGUGCCAAGUGCGCCGGAGCGCGGCCGAGGUGUGGCGGGACUCACCGAUGCCCGACGGGCAUGGGGUGAGGGGCUGGUUCCUGGAACCACCGAGGCCCCUUUGACGGUGGGCUCCGGAGACUGGGAAUGGGGAGAACCA